AGUGAGUGGCGCUGUGAUACGAUUCACUUUUAACAUCACACGAAGAAGACGGAGGCGUUUGUUCUUCCGGUUUCUGUUACGUCGUUUUGAGCAUACAGCUUGAAAUCAACUAAUCCAAUAAACUGAGCGAUUGAAUAUUUUGUAAUGCUGCAUACGACAUGGCUGUAGCAAUGAGCUCCACUUGUCCUGGGCUGUACUGUGGAAGGACCAUCAUAAAUGACUCUGUUGAAGGACAAUGUGGGGUUUGUCCUCGUGGCCAGAGAACUAACUAUGAAAAGAUAUGUGAGGAGUGCAGCGGAUCUCCUGAGCUGUAUGACUGGCUGUAUCUGGGCUUCAUGGCGAUGCUGCCUCUGGUCCUGCACUGGUUCUUUAUUGAGUGGUAUUCUGGGAAGAAAAGUUCUAGUGCCCUUUUCCAGCAUAUUACCGCUCUGUUUGAGUGCACGGCUGCUGCCAUAGUGACUCUGCUUCUCAACGAUCCUGUCGGCCAACUGUCUAUUCGUUCCUGUGAGGUUAAGAUGCUUUCUGACUGGUACACCAUGUUGUACAACCCUAGUCCAGACUACGUCACCACUCUGCACUGCACGCAGGAGGCUGUGUUCCCUCUGUACACCAUCGUGUUGAUCUACUACGCCUUCUGUCUGGUUUUUAUGAUGCUUCUGCGGCCUCUUCUGGUUAAAAAGAUUGCGUGUGGAUUAGGCAAGACCGAUCGUUUCAAGAGCAUCUACGCAGCGCUGUACUUCUUCCCGAUCCUCACUGUCCUGCAGGCAGUUGGAGGAGGACUUCUUUAUUAUGCAUUUCCUUAUAUUAUUUUGGUCUUAUCGUUGGUCACGUUGGCAGUUUACAUGUCAGCUUCAGAGAUACAGUCUUUCAAAAACCUUGUGGCUAAGAAGAAACGCCUCGUGGUUCUCUUCAGCCAUUGGCUCCUCCAUGCAUAUGGUAUCAUUUCCAUAUCCCGACUGGAUAAACUGGGGCAGGAUUUGCCGUUGUUGGCUCUGGUGCCCGGACCCGCUCUCUUCUACCUGCUGACAGCCAGGUUCACAGAGCCAAACAGAAUUCUGUCAGAGGGUGGGAAUGGACACUGAUGUCACUUCCUGUGUAGGAGAAUCACCUCCCUCAAACUCAUGUUAGAGACUUUUAAUUUAAUGACACCUUUGGCACGGACACCAAAGAGCCAUACAGUUUUCUUUUUACGUCUAUGAAUAUUAUUUGUUGUUUGCGAAUUUUGGAAAGUAGUCGUCAAUGUUUUUGUAAAUUUAUGGUAACUUAAAUAUAUAUGACUCAUUUAGGUUUUGGUACUUUUUGUGAUUUGUAUCUGUUGUCAAGAAUAGAUACAAAUCAACAGUUUAUUGUAAUGGACAAUGUAUUUUUUGUGUGUUAAAUAUGAAACAGCUGGUCUGUGAAUUUCCUGAGAGCCCUGAAGUAAUGUCAACCAUUUUCAUGACAAACUUUGUUGUGCCAAAUAUAAUUGUAUGUCUUUAUGCUUUGUUUUCAUGCAUGGAUAAAAGGUAUGUUGUGACAAAUUUGCAUGUGGCAUUAUAUGAUUGUUCUGCUGCUGAAUAUGUAAAUCUGCAUACACAUUGUAUUGUGAGAAUAAUUAUGUAGUUUUCAGCGUUCUCAGACACUCAUCCUUACAACUUGACUAAAGAUUUCUCUUAUUAAGGAUGUAUAUUUAUAAGUUCUACAGUGAUGUGUGGAAUAUAAUAAACUGAUUAGGGAUAUUAAUGUUUUACAGUUUUAUUCAAUAUGUAGUAUGUUAUGUUAUACAUGGUUGUGACUUAUAUUCAUGGCCAUCAGAUCUAUGAAAAUGAAUGUUUGUCAGCUGCGUUUGACUUGUUGAAUAAACUGUCAGAUUUUUGCAUAGAUGUGAUAUAAUUAACAAAGAUCAAUACAUGUAGAAAAUAUUUUGCUCAUUCAUGUAUUCUAAUGCUCACAAAUUAAACCUU